AUGGCCUUCAUUCAACUCGGCCUACGCAGGGCCACUGCCAGCCUUCCUCGGGUACCGUUCCCAUGCAGCCCAUGUCUGCGGCAGCAGGUUCCGGUCCCUCCGGCGCGAGUCCUGAAGCUCUUGGGAGCUACCCGAAGCUAUGCCUCGAGGACUACAGCGGGUUCCAAGUCCCCAAUUGGGUCGCUAAGCAGAAAUAUUACAAAAGCCGCACGGCCCGCGCCGCAAUCUGCUUCUUCUCAGAGCUCGGGGAAGUCCUCGUCGUUCCCCAAGACUAACGCCAAAGUGGUGGGGUACUGGCUGAUGGGCAGUGCUGUGAGCGUCUUCGGCAUUGUGGUAUUCGGGGGCUUGACAAGGUUGACCGAGUCUGGCUUGAGCAUUACUGAGUGGAGGCCUGUGACGGGCUCGUUACCUCCCAUGUCUGACGCCGACUGGCAAUCUGAGUUCGACAAGUACCGCGCUUCCCCGGAAUUCAAGCUGAUAAACCCGCACAUGGAUCUGGCCGAGUUCAAGAAGAUCUACUUCAUGGAAUGGGCACACCGUCUGUGGGGUCGCGUCAUCGGUCUCACCUUUGUUCUGCCGACCAUCUACUUCAUUGCACGCCGCCGGGUAACAGCGCGCAUGGCUGUCAACCUGGUCGGCAUCUCGGCUCUUAUCGGUUUCCAGGGAUUCAUCGGAUGGUGGAUGGUCAAGUCUGGGCUCAAGGAUGACCUCUUCGCCCCUGGCUCCCACCCCCGGGUUAGCCAGUACCGCCUGACCGCACACCUGGCUGCCGCGUUUGUCUGCUACUCCUGGAUGCUCGUCUCUGGCCUCGGCGUGCUCCGGUCCCACCGCCUCCUCCGCGAUCCAGAAGCCGCCGUCAAGACGUUUGCUGCGCUGAAGUCCCCCGCCCUGAGGGCCCUCCGCGGAUCUGUGGCUGCCCUGACGGUACUCAUCUUCACAACUGUUCUCUCGGGUGCCCUCGUCGCAGGCCUCGAUGCUGGCCUCAUCUACAACGAGUUUCCGAUGAUGGGCAAUGGUCUUACACCGCCUAAAUCCGAGCUGUUUGACAAGUUCUACAGCCGCAAGGAGGAUGAGUCCGACUUGUGGUGGCGCAACAUGCUCGAGAAUCCCUCGCUCGUCCAGCUCGACCAUCGAAUCCUCGCCACGACCACUUUUACCGCCGUGGUUGCCCUUGUUGCCUACAGCCGGACUGGCCGCGUCAAGGCUGCGAUGCCAAAGGAUGUGCGCAAGGGCGUCAUGGGCCUCCUGCAUCUGGCGUUGCUUCAGGUUUCGCUUGGCAUUACCACCCUCAUGUACAUGGUUCCCAUCUCGCUUGCCGCCGCCCACCAGGCCGGCGCACUCGGACUGUUGACAAUGGCUUUUGGUUGCUGGUCACCAGGUUGCGAGUUCCUAAGGCUACGCAAGCGUUAG